GAGUCCCGAUGGCAGAACAGCUUGACGAAACCCCAUCUCUAGCCACUCAAGAUAGUUCAUCUUUGCACAAGGAUGAUGGUUCGUUGACUUCUGGAGAUAUCCUGGACGACGCCCAGAUAGAGGAACGUCUUCGAGAUGCAGAUGAACUCAAGCAAGAUGGAAAUGAGGCAUUCAGAUCGAAAGAAUGGUCAUCAGCUCUCGUUUACUAUUCAACAGCAUUGGCAAAGUUGCCAAAGAGGAAAGAAACUGGACAUAAAGACCCUAUCAAAAACCUAAACGAAACCGAGUCUGGCCUUAAAGAAGCGGAGGAUCGAAAGGGUAAGGGCAAAGCAGACACCACUCAGAAACCCGAAACCACCCAAACGCCAGAACCCAUUCAAACGCCGUUGGAAGCAGAGUGCUCGAAAGCUAGAGCGAUAUUGAAUGCGAAUAUCGGAGCAUGUCGCAUGAAACUGGGUGACGACAAGGCAGCCGUAGAUGCUUGCACAGAAGCUUUGCGAGAUGACCCAAAAUAUGUCAAAGCCCUUCAACGCCGGGCAGCUUGCAAUGAAAAGAUCAAUAGUUGGUCGGCUCUCAGCAGUGCACAAGAAGAUUACCAGACAAUCAUAGAACUUGUACCUUCGAGCUCUCCCAUGAGCAAUGAUGCUAAGCGAUCAUUGUACUAUAUCAAACCUCGAGUGGAAGCUGCUCAAAAGAAAGAGACGGCAGAGAUGAUGGAUAAGUUUAAAGGCCUAGGAAAUACUAUCCUCGGAAAAUUCGGACUGUCGACCGACAACUUCAAGUUUGAACCAAACGGAAAAGGAGGCUAUAAUAUGAACUUCAGCCAAUGCGUACUACGUAGUAGCAUUCUGUCGGAAGAUCAAAGAUCAAAUCCUUUGAUGCAUUCGAUUAAGUAUUGUAUGCUGGCAUAUGAAUGUGAAUAACCGAACAAUGCAUUUUCAAUGGCGAGAUCAUGAACUAGGCAGAGAAAUUCUGUCAGAGCAUGACCUGUCGCCUUAAUUGUACCGUUCUAGAUUUUCAUUGACGACUCGUCAGAAGUACGCAAGUUUAGAAUGGAGCACAACAUAAGAUUUACCAUCCCAUAGCCAAAUAAUACCUCAUACUACAACAAUAGUACAUGUUCAUAUCCACCUGAUAUCUACGACAAUGAUGAAGAUCAGAUCUUCAACCAAGGCAACCGUGCUCGUCGUUCACGGCUGACAGAGCUCUCUACAGGGAGAUGAGAAAGUGGGAUGGUAGACGCACACGCUACUACUGUAGUGUUUCCUCGCGAUCGACUGAAGAAUGCCUUUAAAGAAGCGCCUGCAUUGCUCCGGCCUGGAGGAGCUGACAACGGUGGUCUAGUCCCAGCAGAUCGUCGACUGGCGCAGCCACUGCUCUCAGACCCAGCAUUAAAUGAACCAUUUGACGACGUAAAAGAGUGGUCAGUAGACGGAUCACUCAACGAAAUCAAGCUUGGGUUCC